GCACUGACUGUUUCAUCCACCGAGCCAAAGAUGGAUUUCUCUGGAAACCAAGAACUGCUUCUGGAACAUAGAUUUACAAUUUCAGAGCAAAGCCCGACAAAACCAUCAUCUUCAGGGGGCUGUGUCCGAUCACCAAUUUCGAUGGAUGAAUCACUGAUACAGCAGCUAGAGCAGAAACUUCUAGAACGUGAAACCGAGCUGGUGGAGUUACAAACGAGCCUUGAUGAGAAGGAGUCAGACACAUGUCAUUUAUUUGAGGAGAAGCAACGGUACUGUGCUGAGGAGAUGGAGGGGUUGAAACAACGCUGUUCUACAAAACUCCGUCAAGUGUCUCAGAGGGCUUUGAGAGCCCAACAUUUAUUGCAGCUUCAGGUGAUACAACUUCAACAGGACAAGGAACGUCUACAGGAGGAGGUGGACCAGCUUAAUCGUGACCGGGACACUGCAGAAAGUCAUCUCCGAAUCUAUGAGAGCCAGAAAAACCUAGUACCCACUCUAGAAGAGACUCAGUGGGAGGUGUGCCAGAAGUCAGGUGAGAUUUCUCUGCUAAAGCAGCAACUUAGGGACUCCCAGGCCGAUGUUGGAAACAAACUCAGUGAGAUUGUCGGUCUCAAAUCCUCUCUGAAGGAGUCUAGAUGCAAGCUGGAAGAACUGGAAAAGAAGAUCAAGGAGUACGAGGAAGCACUUCACCAGCGGAGCGCUGAGGUUGAGGUAUCUAAAAAUGAGUUUCAAAGAAAGAAGAAUGAAGCUGACCUCCUCAGGGAGAAGGUGAACAUGCUGGAAACGGACAUCAAGGGCAUGAAGCAGGACUUAGCAAUGACCAAAGAGGAGCAACAACAGCUAAUGACCAUGAGAGCCAAAGUUGAGGAGCAACAGCUGCAACUGCAGAUAAGCCAAGCCCGGAUGGAGGCCUUUGGGACUGGUCAAGCCAAAUCGAAAGCCCAGGAUGGAACAAGUGCCAGUAAAACACUGAAUCAUAAUGGAGGGACUGCUGACUUGGAUGCCCUACAGAAGGAGGUAGAGAGGCUGAGAGGGGAACUGAAGGAAGAGAAGCAAAAGAAACAUAAGAUGAUGAAUAGCUUCCAGCAGGAGAGACAAACGUGGAAUAAAGAGAAAGACAAAGUAAUCAGAUACCAAAAGCAGUUGCAGUAUAAUUACCUACAGAUGUACAGAAAGAACAAGGACCUGGAGAAGAUUCUGAGGGAGCUAACGGCUGAGAUGGACAGUCGGACAGAGAUGGACAUGGACAGCCAUAACUCUGAACUGAACUUUGAAAAAAUUGUAGCUACAGAGAUAUGAGGUCAUAGGAUGAAUGUUUUCACAAUUAACCGAAUGGUCUUAAAAGGGUGAAUGUACUAGUGGGUGGAAUUCACAAAGCAAAAUUUAAAGGGAAGAAACAUGAUGUCACAGGAGAUUUUAAGAUGUCAUGAGAUGCUCGAAACUCAAGAGUAUAGCAUCACUUGUACAUACCACCAAAAGCUUUUCUCCUUUUAGAUCUACCACUUAACUAAAAAUCUUAGGACGUCAUCCAUGUGCAUUUCUGAAUAAGUUCCUAUUAAAUGUGCAGUAAGCUCUUUUGUUUAUUAUAAUUACACUCUUACUUAAGAUAUCUCACUGAAUUAGUGUUCCAUCAGUAACCAUCACAUCUGUCUCUGUGGCAGCCGUAAAUUCUGUAAACUCCAAAUAAUUGACUACGGUCAGAUUCUUUGUUUAGCCAUUUAAGCAUUUUCUGCCUGUCAGUCAUUUUGUGCAUUCAUAGGGCAGCCAGUGAAUAGGAAGCAGGUGUCUUAAAAAUGUGUGGCAGUUGAGACUUGAAUAAUUUAACUUAAACUAUUAACCAUAUUAAGUUUCAUAAGCAGUUGACAGUUGGUUCGUCAUGCAAGGAUACUAUUUUGUUAGCAUUUAGCUUUGCAACAAUGAGAUGUGCUACUGUUUUCCUGCUAAUCUCUGAAUACAAUGGUAAGGGUUAUAGAAAGUGUGUGCAAGUCUAAUUUAGAGAUUGUUUUUACAGAAGUUUCAGAAUGGCUAACAUUGCUUACAGCACCUUUAAUCUGUGCACAUCCAACCAAAUGCUUACCUCCCUCUAAUCCAAACAAUCCAGCUCUUCUUGCCUAAACCUCAAGCAGUUGUACAUUCUCACUACAGGGUGAUAAAGUUAUGUGAAUGUUUUGUUUGCUGUAAUUGCUAGUUUUGCACUCUCGCUUCCUUUUUAUAUGACAAGAAUCUUUAUCACCAGUGUCUUGGCAGACAGGCUCAUAGAAACAAUCUGUGUACAGGAAUAUAGUAGCUCAUACAGUGAGAUUAUGUCAUGUUGAAUGCAAAUGCUCUGUUCACAAAUGUCCAGACACAUAUUUCAUUGUUAAUCUAAAGUAUUUCACAAUUCCUUCGCAUCUUUUUAACAGUACUAUACUAUCAACUUUGAAGACUAGACAUUGUACAGUUUUUGUUAGAAAUGUAAAAGUACAGUCAAGUCACUUUCACUCGCAGACACAUGUGUGGGACAACAAGAAUGUUUCAAAAAAACAUUUGUACUACAGGAAUAUAUAAUUUUGAAAUGAAACUCACUCUUUUGAACCAAAAUAUGAUUUUAACUCUAUUUUAUCUUUUCUUCUAAAAAAAUUAAUAUCCUAGCUUUUGUUUUCCAUUCAAGAAAAGUGGAUGUUUUUCACUGCCAAACCACAAAAGUUGUUCACUCAUAUAGGCUAUUCCUUGUGUGAAAACUCUCAAAUCUCAGUUGUGUUUUGUUUGUGGCAGGAUUGUUCAUGUGACAUGAGAGCCAAUGCCGUUGGGCUUCAUGAAGACAAACAUUCCUCUAAGGAUGACAUUUUCUUCUAAUUGAAAAUAAGAAUGAUUGAGAUUUGAGAGAUUUGUAAGGGAAGAUUAUCAUUGAAUAAAGGCUUACAUUUUGGUCUAUUCUAUAAGCAAAACAACUGUAUGACUUGUAAAGACCUUGAACAUAGCUCAUGUGGACUACUUUUAUGUUUUUGGGGAAAAUAAUACUUGGUUAGAACAAUAAGAGUGAGUACAUGUUGACAAAAUGCUCAUUUUUGGACCAGUUCUGGAAUUGACUGAAGGAAUUGCCAUCCUGGGGGAAAUAUAGGUCUUAAAACUGACUGAACAACCAUUUUACUCUCCAGUAUGAGUAUUGAAUUUUAAUUAGUUAUCACUUCAAAAUGCUAUCUAUAAAAAGAUUUAUCUAGCUCGAAGAAGCCUGAUGGUACAACUGUAUGUUAUACAGAGAUGAAACAAGUU